AUGAGUGUUUGCUCACGAUUCAAAAAAGAUGUCUUUAGUACAGAACGCAGAAUAUCGCCUUACCAAGAUCAAAACGGUACUUGCACCCAAUAUAGUUAUAAUAAAACAGAAGAUGACCGACGUGCUCUUAUAGAACUCAAUUACAUGCGCUGGCUUGUUGGAUUUGAGCGUCCAACAGUUUUAGCAGAAGGCUACGAUGAUGAACUUAUUCAAUGUGCCAUUACAAACGUUGCAAAUGGAAAAUUAAAUCAUGAGCCUACCCCCGCAUCAUUAUGCUAUACACCUGGAGCUUUUGCUGCAUGUUCCUCUUCAAAUCUUGGAGCUGGCUUUAGAGAUUAUGAUGCAUCUAGUUCAAUUCAGCAGUUUAUUAUGGACAGCGGCGAUACCAAUAAAAUAGUAGGUCAUAGACAGUGGGUAUUCUCGUCCGGACUUGGAAAAACAGCGUUUGGAGGAGCGUAUAAUUCCAAAUCACCUGACAUUUCAGGCUCAGUUGCUAUGAAAGUGUUUAAUAUGGGAUAUUCAUCACCAGAAAUCUUACCAUUUACAGCCUAUCCUCCACCAGGAUAUUUCCCAGCACAAUUUGUUUACAAUCGCUUUAGUUUUUGGGCUCCAGGAGCUAGUGGUUCCAGUCAUAUGGAGCUUUCCGUUAAAAUUAACGAUGAACCUCAGAAUAUUAGUGAAAUUGUUAAUUUAGGUAACGGAAUAAUGUUUGUAUUAGCUGAUUAUGGUGAAUCCUCUGCUGAUCUUCCAUAUUAUAAAAUUGUAAACAAACGAAUUGAUGUCCAUAUAACAGACAACGCUACAAAAACAGAUUACGAUUAUACAAUAUAUCCUAUUGAUUGUAGUGAUAAACCAAUGCGAACACCAGUUCCAACAAUCGAAGGUGACGAUUAUGACAAACUUGACAUUGGCGAAGCUCCAAAACAAAAACGCCAGAAGAAAGUUGCUAUUGGUGCUGGUGUUGGUGUUAGUCUUGUUGUUAUUGUUAUCAUUAUUCUUGUUUUAUUUAUUGUUUUUCGUCAUGGUUGUUCACAUAAUCACGACAACGACGAAACCAACAACAACAACAAUAACAAUGACAACAAUGAUGAUCAUUCUGAUAGUGGCGAAAACCAUCUUGAAGAUGCAUAA